AUGCGCUCUUCGGUCAAAGGAAUCUUUUGGCUCUAUGGACUCCUUUUGACGACUACCAUUUCCGGAGUCUGCGGAGAAACAGAACCGACCUUCAUGAGCGUGCGAAAGAAUGUAACAAGAGAAUAUAAGGGCAAAGGUGAGAUACCGACACAGAAAUACUUUCGUAAAUUCAAUCAUCAUUAUGAUAGCCGGUACGCUCGCUCAUUCUUCAUUUCCAACCCCGAUGUCCUAACACGUCUCAGAUACGCCAACACUAGUCUCCCAGAUAUAAAAGUCAUUCCAUAUCUUUCAGAUCUAGUCCGGACAUAUUUCAUAACAAUGAACACCAUCGGCGCAGAAACGUGGAUCAUGCAUGGGACUCUCUUGGCCUGGUGGUGGAACCAGAAGAUCUUUCCGUGGGACGACGAUCUAGACGUGCAGAUCUCGGAGGCGACAAUUCAUUUCUUGGCCGAGUACUAUAACAUGACCGAGCAUCAUUUUGACGUCCCUAACGUCGACGGCGGCCGUACUUACAUGCUCGAGGUCAAUCCCAAUUACGUCGUCAAAUCGGAGAGAGACACUUUGAAUAAGAUUGAUGCCCGCUGGAUUGAUACUUCAUCCGGUCUUUUCAUUGAUAUCACUGCUGUCGGCAAGGAUGAGGCUAAGCGACAGAAUGGGCAUCCGGAAACGCUGAUGUGCAAGGAUAAGCAUCAUUAUGAGGAGAGUGACAUCUUUCCGCUGCGUGACAGUCUCUUCGAGGGUGUUCCGGUCAAAAUCCCAUACGCUUAUACAUAUCUUCUCGAAGAAGAGUAUGGCCCUAAGGCACUCACUAGAACAAGCUUUUAU